AUAAUUUCAUUUGAUCAAAAUAUAAGCACUGUCACAAAACUCAGACACGCACUUGUAUAUUAUAUAUCUUAUCAAUCAGACAAUCACUAUAUUCUUAAAAUCACACAAUUUGAGUAGAAAACAGUCGGAAAUGGAAGCAAGAAGUCUCCUCCGCCGCAGCUUCUUCGUCUUCUCCGCCGUCCUACUCAUACUCUUCUCUCUCUCCAUCCUCCCAUCGCCGCCGUCCCACAAGGCGGCGCUGCUAGAUUGCGCAAUCCACUCCUCCCUCUGCAACUUCAAGAACCGCAUCCAUUCCAAGAGACCCGGUUUCCUCCAAACACCCACAAACCCCACGCGCCGCCGCCACUCCGCCUCCGUCCCUCACCACCCCCUCGACCCCCUGACACUGACGGAGAUCAACCGGGUCAAGGAAAUAGUCCAGAAGCACGAUUUCUUCAGAAACAAAGCCUACGCACUCCACUCCGUAGUUCUCGAGGAGCCGGAAAAGCAGACGGUGCUCCGGUGGAGGAAGGGGGACCCGCUUCCGCCGCGGAAGGCCGCCGUCGUAGCGCGUGCCGGCGGGGAGUCGCUCGUGCUGACGGUGGAGUUGGGCUCCGGCGAGGUGGUCCGCCACGAAAUCUCGGGGCAGCCGUCGGGUUACCCAACCAUGACGGUGGAGGACAUGACGUCGGCGACGUGGGCCCCGCUGGCCAGCGCCGAUUUCAAUCGGACGGUGGUGGCGCGCGGCGUCGAUUUGGCGGACCUUGCCUGCCUGCCUCUUUCGACGGGAUGGUUCGGCAAGAGUGAGGAGAACAGACGGUUGGUAAAAGUUCAAUGCUACUCCACCAAAGACACUGCAAAUUUUUACAUGAGGCCAAUCGAAGGCCUAACCGUUGUAGUCGAUUUAGACAGCCACGAAGUUUUAGAAAUCACAGACAAGGGCAAAAACAUACCCAUACCAAAUGCAGGCAACACGGAUUAUCGUUUCGCGGCUCAAAAUUCGUACCAGAGGCUAGUGAAUCCCAUAUCGCUGGAGCAACCGAAAGGGCCGAGCUUCACGGUGGAGGACGACCAUUUGGUCAAGUGGGCAAACUGGGAAUUUCACCUCAAGCCCGACCCGAGGGCCGGUGUCAUCAUCUCGCGGGCCAUGAUGCGCGACCCCAUGACCGGCGAGAUGAGGAAUGUAAUGUACAAAGGGCUCACGUCGGAGCUCUUUGUGCCGUAUAUGGACCCUACGGAUGCUUGGUACUUCAAGACGUAUAUGGAUGCAGGGGAGUACGGGUUCGGGCUGCAGGCGAUGCCCCUCGACCCGCUCAACGAUUGCCCGAGGAAUGCCUAUUAUAUGGACGGCGUGUUUGCCGCCGCUGAUGGGACGCCCUACGUUAGGUCUAGCAUGGUUUGUGUGUUCGAGAGCUAUGCAGGGGACAUAGCGUGGAGGCACGCCGAGAGCCCUAUCACCGGAAUGGAGAUUCGGGAGGCGAGGCCGAAGGUGACGCUGGUGGUGCGUAUGGCGGCAUCCGUCGCGAACUACGACUAUAUUGUGGAUUGGGAGUUCCAAACGGAUGGACUAAUUAGAGUCAAGGUUGGCCUAAGUGGAAUACUGAUGGUGAAAGGCACUACUUAUUCCAACACGAACCAAGUUAACAAUGAAGAGGACCUAUACGGCACGCUCUUGUCGGAGAACGUGAUCGGCGUCAUCCACGACCACUUCAUCACCUUCUACCUCGACAUGGACGUCGACGGCGCCAACAAUUCCUUCGUCAAAGUCAAUCUCCAACGCGAGUACGCCUCGCCAGCCGAGUCCCCCCGGAUGAGCUACUUGAAGGCCGUCAGGAAGGUGGCCAAGACGGAGAAAGACGCUCAAGUCAAGAUCAAACUCUACGAUCCAUCCGAGUUCCACGUCGUGAACCCUACCAAGAAGACGAGGGUGGGGAACCCCGUGGGGUACAAGCUCGUCCCCGGUGGCACCGCAGCUAAUCUGCUCGAUCCCAUCGAUCGCCCCCAGCAACGGGGCGCCUUCACCAACAACCAGAUAUGGGUCACGCCUUACAACGCCUCCGAGCAAUGGGCCGGGGGCGCGUUCGUGUCCCAGAGCCACGGCGACGACACUCUACAAGUGUGGUCUAACAGGGACAGGAGCAUAGAGAAGAAGGAUAUUGUGGUGUGGUACACAUUAGGGUUCCAUCAUAUUCCAUGCCAAGAAGACUUCCCCAUUAUGCCCACCGUGUCGUCGAGCUUCGAUCUUAAGCCCGUGAAUUUCUUCGAAAGCAAUCCCAUUCUUAACAUUCCUCCAAACUUUGAGAGUGAUCUUCCUGUUUGUAAAGCUGAUGCAUCAGCUUAAUUAUUAGGUAUCUAGUUGUGUAUAGGAAAUUAUUGAUGCUGCACGAAUUGAGAGCUAUAUCCGUUUUCUUGCGUAUAGUUUGAAUUGAAAAUAAGAUAUGCACUCUGUUUUUA